AUGGAUAACAUCGUAAGAGUCAUACUUAUUCUAAGUGUUCUGCAACUGGGACAAUCUGUAGAUGAUAGAGAAUCGAUCGACAGAUUCAAAAGAGAUGACAACGAUGCGGGGCUGACAAUGAAGAGUUAUACGAUAGCGUCGUCAGUAACUGAACGGUUCUCAACAGUCAAUAUCCAGAGUCGCCUGCAAAACGAGCAACCAUAUUCUGUCAACUCAACGUUACCAGUUCAUGUUCCAGAGGCGGCGUUCAUAUCAAAGUUUAGUAUAUUCAUUAAUGGAUCGGAAUAUGUGGGGAAAAUCGUUGCAAAUGAAAAGAUAGGGGAAAAUAAAGAAAACAGAACAGAAACUCAAUUAAAUGUCGAAGUCAAAUUUUCAGAGACGAAUACAGAACGGGGUAUAAACAUUUUUGAAAUAGAUAUAACACUAGAAGCUGGAGGAGAGACGACACUUUCAUUGACAUAUAAUGAACUUUUAGAACGUCGACUAGGACUUUACACUCAAAAAAUAUUUGUGUAUCCCGGUCAGGUGGUUGACACAUUAGCCGUUAAUGCGAUU